AUGUCGCGACCGACCAGCAUCAACGCUCCCGGAGCCUACACCACAUGUGAUCCUUAUCACAUGUUCUACGAUGAUGAUGACAAAUGUGGACCAGACAACCACUACCGCUGCCCCAAAAAGAAGUGCUGUGGAAAGAAUGGAAAGUGUGGUACCGGCGAAGACUACUGUGGUGCUGGAUGCCAGCUGGGCUGGUCAGAUUGCUGGAAUAGCUCCACAACCUGCAAGGUGUUGAACCAAGAUAAGGACAAAGACAAGGACGAUGAUGAUGACGACCAUCUAAUUCCGAUCUUUCCUCUCUGGCACGAACGACCGGAUCCCCCAGGCCCCCCUCCCACAAUCAACAUCGAAUUCGGCGAGAUCAGGUUCCCUAAGCCGCCUACUAUCGAUUGGAUCAAGAUCAUUGGCGGAGAUUUCGACUGCGGCUGGCUCGGUUGUGACGGUAUCACGGGUUGGUUCUUGAAGCUGAUACCCAUCAGGAUCAAGCCUUGCAAUCCCAUCACCAAGAUGUUGUGCCGUCUACUUCGUUUGAAUUGCUGUCCGAAGAAAGACAAGAACAACGACAAGGACAAGGACUGCGUUGGUUGCGAUCCGCCCCCAUCAAUCACAGGCCUCUUCGGAGACUCUAAGAUCUGCGAUGAACCUAUGGAUAAGUGCGAGGAUCUCGAGCCUGAGAACGAUGAAGGUGACGAGGACUGUACCUCGACUUCUACAGCGGUCGACAAAACAGUCUUCUGUGAGGUGAUGACAGCUACGAACGGCGGCGCUUCUGAGACAUGCACCUCAACCGCCAGCGAGACACGUUCAGGCUGCACCCUGGCUCCUGCUACAACAACCACCGUCACCAGCACAGCAUGCGGGACCGUUACAGCCAGCCAGAUCUCCGAGUACUGCACCGUCAUCACAGCAGGCAGCUCGACUGUGACGACUGCCUGCCCUAGCACCAUCACGAACAAGGUGACAGGAUGCGAUGCCACAGCAGAGAGCACGUCCAUCCGUCGCCACCGGAGCCAACAUGACGACAACUUACUGUCCGCAGACUCGAACCUCUAG